CUGUCUGUUCUAAUGUUCUUAGGUAAACAAUUUCAAAAGCACGAUAAUCAAAUUCGACAGACCAUUUGCUAUGGAACAAAGUCCGUAAAGUUAAUUCUGGACAUGAUAAAUACAAUUCCUCAAAUGAUGAUAGCAUUAAUUAUCCUUAUUCUUGCUUUAAUCGGCGAUAACCACGCUGUGACUUUUGUCAGAACUGGAUACACUUUUAAGUCUAGCGGCUUGCAGUAUCCGGCAAACAGAUUACUCCAAUGCGCACGAGAAUUGAGGUGGACACACACAGAAAGUGCGACCAUUUCUGCAUCUGGAACAUGUUCAUUUCUUGCACGAGAAUGGCUCGAGAACAAGACCAUGUUAACAGACAUGGACUAUGUGACAAGUGCAGUGAAGGACCUAAACUUUCAAAUUCCGAGGAAUGUAACUUCUAGAUCAGCCACUAUAAUGAUCCCAGGACUCCUCGGAGCUGGGAGCCAGGUAGAUGUGUUCUUCUCCUCGAACUCUACAGAAUGUUUGAUGAAUGCGGCCUUCCUGGUAAAUAUGACAGACAAACCUCUUAUUGUGAAACUUAAUUAUAGAAAGCAAAGACUGACACUGAGGUUUAAAGUUUCAAGUGUUCUAGGCGAGUACUUUCAACACGUAAAUGUUACGUUGAGCACAAAUAUGAUUUAUAAACUGUCACUGAAGCCGUCCGAAGAUUAUGUAAAGGUUAGCUUGGAUGAUGAAACAGUUGCACGGUAUUUUUACAGUGUGACAGGAAAUCCAUACACCCUCAACAAUGCUGUAAACGUUACUAUUGGCGGCUAUUCUGGCACUCUUUUCCUUCAUAGGAUUAGAUUCCGCUUUGCCUAAGAUAUUAGCAAUUAAGUACAUUUGUAUUACAAUGGUUUCAUACCUUUAACUUGGGAAUAUUAUACUUUUAGUAUAUAUAUCUAUGUUAACAUGGAAUGUAAUUUUCCUGCCAUGUAUCAUAAGAAUAUUGAACAUAAUAAUGAUGGACUAAAACUCUACACUGGCAAAUCUCUAUAAUAACCUUGGAAGACGGACACUUAUCAGUUGUCAAGAAUAGAACUUUGUUAGAUGAGUGCUUAAAAUAACAGAUUUCUUUAAAAGCCAAAUAUGUCUCAAUUGCCUGCUGUCAGUUUUAUUUCUCAAAAGCUUUUGAUUGUUCAGCUUCUUAUUAUGUACAGCUUCCAAAAUAUAGUCGUUAUGCUAACUUUCAGAAGACUAUUGCAUUAUAAUGUUCACAAUCUGAAAUGAACAUUUAUAUGUUUUUAAAUCUGAAGCGCAAACGAAGAAACGAAGAUACAUCUACACGUCGCAUAUCAUGUUCAUUCAUUAAACAAAGUGUGCGUGCACAUGCGCGCGCGCGUGUGUGUGUGGACCCCGACAUGUCUCCAUUCAUGUCCUUAAAGGUUAUUACAUUCCAAAAGUUGACCUAUAAAUUUUGAAGUCAGUAAUUCACUAGAUAUGUAUGCUAGUUUUUUGUAAUGCUUACAAUUUUGAUUUACGGGAGGCCAAUGAUACCAUUAUACGCAUCGUGGAGACCAUUAGUUCUGCUAUUAAAAUACCGAUGGCUAUCUGCAGAAUACCGGUAAUUUCUAUCCAGACGUUAAAGUGGAUAAAACAGUUUGAAUACUAAUCGAUUACCGCCAUAUCACAGAGGACAACACUACAAAAGCCGAUCCCGUCUACCAACGAAGCCGAUGUUUAUCUUACAUUUUAUUUGUUUAAAAAGCAAUCAGAAUAUGUUCAGAUUGUUAAAUAUAUCGUAGUAACAGAUACAGGUUUAUUUGGAUUAAAUUUAGGGAUGAGACCAAUCAAGAGCUUCAUUUUGUUUCAUAUAGAGUCACGUCUGGUUAGGUCUCUGAGGAGAUCUAUCUCUGAUUUUAAUAAAACUCAGUCAUUUGCUUCUGCUCUUGUGAAGUUUAUUAUCACACAUGAGUUUGUGCAUAGAAGAUGGCGGACGAAGCAUAUUAUACCGUAUGGCACAUCGUGUAUAUUACAAUAGCCAUCCCGACAGUGUUUGGAAAUGGGCUAAUUUUGUACAGCGUUGCGAGGUUUAAAAAGUUAAGAAGUAAUAUUCGCAUUCUCAUAGCAAAUUUGGCAGUUUCGGAUUUAAUUGUCGGUGCUAUUUUGAUACCAACAGACAUGCUGUCGGACUUUUUUGGAUGGAAAAGUAACAAAUACGUUUGCUUGUCUUGUCUUGGAAUGUUUGUUCUUAGUCUAGGUACGUCGUGUUACAAUCUAUUGUUAAUAUCAAUAGAACGUUUUAUUGCUAUCUAUUAUCCAAUGCGAGUGAAAACGAUAAUAACUAAAGCAAAGAUGGUAUUCAUGGUAUCUUUGGGUUGGUUAAUUGUAGGAAUCAAUAGCUCGGUACCUUUUUAUGGUGUGAACAACUUUACAAACUCUACAGAAUGUGCUCACAAUGUUGUUUGGCCACAAGAGUAUCAAAAAAACUGCGAUUGGCAACUUAUCAGUGCACUUAUAGUAAAUUUUCUAUUUUACGCAAUAGUAGUACGGAUAGCUUUAAGAAAAGUUCAAAUGGGAGACAAAAUUGAAGGUAAUAAAAACUUCUGCAUACACUCGAAGGCGACAGUUGAUUUGCACCAUGUUAUAACAAUGGUUAUCGUGCUUGGGACAUUCGUUAUAUGUUGGUUACCCUACUUUAUCCUCAGUGUCAUCGUCACAUUUUCGAACACAUCUUACUACCAAUUCGUGAAGCGAUGCACGUUGGUUCCAGGUCUCUGCAACUCGGCUGUAAACUGGCUCAUCUACGGGUACAGAAAUAAAGAAUUCAGAAAGGCUUUCAAAACUAUAUUGAAAUGGAAUGUUUGUUGUAAGGCUAAAAGCCGCUCACCACAAAAUGUAACGUCAAUUUACCGUGCUAAUUAA